UUGUUGCGUUUUGCCACAUGUAAACUUGUCACGGUUAUGUCACAAUCGAGAAUCAGACUUUAAUAAAUUAAUAAGGUUUUAAAAUGAGCCGUGAAGUUUUAUUUAUUGAUUUAUCGGUCGAUUAUACACUUUUCGAAGAAGAUGCAAAGAAAAUUUUGAAACGCAUUAGACCUGAUUGGGAAGACAGCAAAAUUAAGUUCAAAGUAUUUACAGAUGGUAUCACAAAUAAACUACUGGGCUGCUAUUUAGAAGAUGAUGAAAGCACCAUGGUACUUGUGCGGGUUAACGGUGAAGGGACAGAUAUUAUUAUUAACAGGGCUGAAGAGCAGGAUGCCUUCCGUGUGUUGAGUGAAGCAGACUGUGCGCCCCCAGUAUAUUGUGUUUUCAAAAAUGGAAUGGCAUAUGGCUUUUUUCCUGGUGUCCCGUUAGAUGAAAAAACUGUAAGGGAACCAAAAAUUCAAAGGCUGAUAGCAGAAGAGCUGGUUAGGUUACACAGUGUUCAAGGUUCUUACGCUCUUAAAUUUCAAGGAUCUCCCCCAUCACAAUACAAAGAGCGUGUGUUAUCUUGGAUUAAUGCAGCCCCAACAGGGUUUGAUGACCCAGUUAAACAGCAGGUAUUUAUAAAUGAGAUUCCUUCAAAAAUAGAUUUGAUAAAAGAGCUUGAUGAAAUAGCAGAGACACUAGACGCCCUUAAUAUGAAUUCAGUGUUUAGUCACAAUGAUCUUCUACUUAAAAACAUUAUAUUUAAUGAAAAAGAAGGAAGUAUUCGUUUUAUUGACUAUGAAUAUGCCUUCUAUAAUUAUGAAGCUUUUGAUAUAGGGAAUCAUUUUGCUGAGUAUGCAGGCAUGGAAGAGGUAAACUAUGACCUGUACCCCAGCAAAGAGGAACAAUUGCCAUGGUUAAGACAUUAUCUAGAAGUCAAAGCAAGUAAAACAGGAUCAGGGAGUGCAACAGUUACAGACAGAGAUGUUCAAGUGUUGUAUGUACAAACAAACAAAUGUGCUUGUGCAGCCCAUUUUUUUUGGGGUGUGUGGGCCCUUAUACAGGCAGAGCACUCCCUUAUUAAUUUUAAUUAUGUGCAAUAUGCAAGCAUUCGACUGACAGAAUAUUUCAGACGUAAAAAAGAAUUUUUCCCGCUAUUAAUAUAAUUACUGAUGUAAUAAAUAAGUAUUUUUAUUUGUCACCCCAGCUUACUUGUGAUACUGGAAUUUAGAAAGGAAUUUAAAAUGAAAUGUAGUUUAAAUGUUUUGAGAUUAUUGCUCUUGUGGUACAUUUGUAGUGUUUUAAAAAUUUUAUUAAAUGGGCUUAACAAUAAUUGCAGAACUUUUGACAAUUUCUAUUGUUUACAAAGAUAUACAUCGAGGCCUUUGAUAUUUUUUUCUAGAGGUAGCAGCACACGUUUUUAUGUAGUUUUAAUUAAAAACUGGAUUGACUUAUCCAUAAUGUAUAUAAUGUAAAAAAAAUGAAAAUAUGUCAUCCAUUUUUAUCUGAUUUCAGUUCACAUCAUGCAUGUGUCAGAAAAGAUUUAUUAUGGUUAAAUGGAAAAGUUCAUUUCUAACAUUUUAAGAAUUGUUUGGUGUUGGAGAGAGUAUAUUUUUCUUUAAUUGCUAACAUUGUACUGUAAAUUUUAACAGGACAAGAAUUUUGCUAAAUCAGACCAGAAAAAGAUUUGAAAACAUUAAUUAUACUUCUGUAGAAAUUGUUAAUUGAUGAUAUUAAAUUAUCAAGUUUCAUUGAAUUAUUAGAAAUCCUUAAUUUGGUACUAUUGGUCAAUUUAAUAGUAUAAAGAAAUUUAUAUUUCUAGUGAUAGUUUACUUUAUCCCAGACAACGAUAUGGAAAAUCACAAAUUUUUAAACUCACAUUAUAUGUUAGGCUCCAGAAAUGUUUAUAUAAAUAAACAGUUUUUAAAUUAAUAGUAGUAACCUAAAUCAUGAUAUACCUUUGAACCACUAAAUGUAAUAAAUUAUAUAAUUAUGAAAAAAUGGUAUUUUAUAAUAAAUGUAAAAGAAUCACCUCUUAGAUACUCAUAUUUAUUGCUGAGAACUAAAAUACCUCUUAUUAAAAAAAAAAAACAACCUAUUUACAUUUAUUAAAAAUGCAGUUACUACAUUUGAUCUCCGGCUAAAUAUAAAUUGCAUUUAUACUAUGUUUUAAGCCAUUGCCUCUUCACGUUUAAUUCAUCAGACUGCUUAUCAACUAAAAUUUUUUUAAUUUGUAUUUUUACAAGGAGUUACGACAAGUUAAAUGAUACACACCAAAUUUAUGUACAUAUGUUUUUACUGAAAGAAUUAAAUAUGCAAAGCAAAUGUUUUGGGUUUGCGUUUGUUUACUUUGUCAAAUUGUAAGAAAUGAG